AUGACUGGGCUUCCAAGGAAUGCAGUUGUAGCAGAUGCCUUAAGAGAAGGCCAAUGGUGGAUUUCAACUUCUCGAAGUAGAAACCCUGUCAUUCGCCUCAUACAAGAUUGUCUACCUCCUCCCACGGUGGUAAACACACAACAAGAUGCUCAAGAUGACACUUAUCUCUGGAAGAUUGAAGAUGAAGUGUGGCAAUAUUUUACAAGUAAGGCCCAUGUUUCUCCUCCUCAAUCUUUUGAGGAUGGAGUUAGAUGGUUGAAGAAUCCUUGCAGGGAUAAAAACACUGCUUUGAUUCUUCGGCUAGCCUUCCAAGCCUCAAUGUAUUUCAUCUGGAGAGAGCGGAAUUCACGUCUUCAUAAUGCAUCUUCCCGUCCAGCCUCAGCGUUAAUUCUCGAGAUCAAGAGUCUCCUUAGGUGUCAUCUCAACCAUCUAACAGCCGCACAACGUCUCAUUCCUCCGGCUCCUUCUUUGCUGAUGACUUGGUUCGGAGUGUUUCAUUAG